CCAUCACCCACCACCAAGCCCCUCCCACCAGCAGCCAAGUCCGCCUAUCUUCCUCCUCUCCUUUUCCUCCUACAUUGUCGAUGGAAACCUCGAUUGCUUCCUCUCCCUCCAUUGAUAAACAAGAAAUAGUUGACCCAUCAAUACACCACGAUUUGGAGUCGGAAGAUCACAUAAUAGAUGUUGAGAAACAUGUCACAGAUGUUGUAGUGACAGAGCAAAAAUCGCAGCAAGAGGGUGACACUUCAACACUUGGUAGUUAUGUAGGGCCAUCGACUAUACCUACUUCGACUUGUCGUCCAUACGAUUAUACGGAGCAUUUUACAACGAAAACGGUGAGUGUUUUUUUGAUAGAGUAUUUAUCUUGUGCAGUCUUAUAUUACGGGCUAUAAUUUUUUGUUAUGUGUGUGUAGGUUUUUCCAACCGAUGAAGCGUUGGUAGAUUGGAUAAGAUGCACUGGUAAAUAACAUGGGUUUAUCAUUGUGAUUAAGGGUUCUAAGAAAUGUAUUAAGAAUCGCACACCUAGGAUGAGAUUUUCAUGUGAAAGGAGCGGUAAGUAUAGGCCGUUUGUGAAGAAAGUUGAUGGGAAGGAGGUAGCUGUGAAGAAGAGAGUGUGGUCCACGGGCACCAAAAAAUGUGAAUGCCCAUUUGAAUUGAAAGUUGUAAAGGGCAAUGAUGAUUGGACUGUCUCUGUCCACAAUGGCACCCACAACCAUCCUCCAGCGGUGUACUUGGAGGGCCAUUCCUAUGCCGGGAGGUUGUCAGCAGAGCAGACUAGCACGGUGGUUGAUUUGU